AUUGACAUAUCUUUUUCGUAAGGAUUGUACCCAAUCUAAAGCGAUUUUUUGAAUAAAAGAACAACGCUGUUUGUUUAUAUCAUUUAGAUGUGUAAAGUUGCUUUUUGUUCAUUUUUGGAGUUAGUCCUAACCACAAUGCGUUAUUAGAAGUGCGUUUCCAUGAGUUUCUUAUCCAAAGGAUUUUUAAACAACUUGCGACAUGAAUUUACCUGAGGAGAGUGCUUAUACAGUUAUAGUAUUUUAGAAGAUGAAAAUAUUGUGGCUUCGAUUUUAUAUCAAGGAACGUUACGGAUAAGCAUUUGAAUGCAUCGAUUAUCCAUCGAUAUUUAUAACCAGAUUCUCAAGAAAUUGUUGGAUUAAUUUACAAAAAAUACUGCCUCUAAUUAACCAUGAGAUUUUGUAACUUAGUGUAUUUUAUGUGCACCUUUCUUGGUGUGACUUUUGGAAAAGCUGAUCAGAAAAACGUGCUUCUUCACGAGGCCGUUCGAACGUUGCUGGGAUUUCAAGAAUCUCCGGAUCGCUAUCAGAAACUACAGACAGUUCCCAAUGUCUUAUCGGAACAGGCGCCCCAGUAUAUGAUGGAUUUGUACGAGAAGUUUAAAAACAAUCGAAUCUCCAAAGGACACUUAUCUGGAAACACUGUCAGAAGCAUCCACGCUGAAAUAGCUGUGGUCAACGGAGAGACUAUGUUUGUAUUCAACCUAUCCUCAGUUAGUCGAACAGAACAGCUUUUGAGCGCAGAAAUUCAUUUGUACAAACGAAAACCAAAGCGGUUCAAUCAUAAAAAAGACAUAGAAUUGAAAAUGUAUGAGGUCGCCCCUCAUUACAUGUCGGAGGAAGGAAAGAUAACGAUGCGGGCCGAGUCUUUUGGUUGGCAGUGGUAUGACGUAACAGAAGCCAUUGACAGUUGUCUUGCAGCUAGAAGAAGGGUUCCCCAUUUAUUUGCUUUGAAUUUUAAAACAGAGAAACAAAAUGGAAAAUUGAAAGACAUUGCUUUAAAAAAAUUCAUCCGCCAUCAUUCCAUGCCAUUUUUAAUUGUUUACACUAACGAUACUCAAGAAAAUCGUUUUGACCAGUUAGAUUCUCUAGCAGACAAAAUCAAAAGUGACGCCCCAGUUAAAAAAGAAACGGUUAAAAAAAUGAUACCGGACGAGGUGGCUGAGGUCAAACUAAGAGACAAGAGAUCAAUAUACGACAAUGAAAUUCCGGAGAAUCCAGUAGAUUAUCAACGCAUAGAAAGAAAGUUUAACAUUCCUCAAACGCAUCCAGGAAUUCUCCAAACCCGAAGACAAAAUCGAAAUAAAAAUUCUGGUUCAAGACUAAUACCAUAUCCAGGAAAAGGAAAAAGGAAGAAGAAUAGGAAACGGAAAAACAGGAGGAGGAAAAACAGACGAAGGAAUAAAGUGUUUCCGAAAGAAUGGAAAGAUGUGCAGCAAAAUAUGGCUACGGAGGGAAAACAUGGCCAACUGUGCGGUCGCCAGAAGCUGAUCGUAGAUUUUGCAGACAUUGGAUGGGGAGACUGGAUCAUAUCACCAAAAUCAUUUGAAGCUCAUUACUGUGCGGGGUCGUGUCCAUUUCCACUUACCCAGAGGCUGAAGCCAUCGAACCACGCAACCAUUCAGAGUAUGGUCCACGCCAUUGGGAUCUACACCGACGUCCCAGCCCCGUGCUGUGUCCCAGAUUCUCUGUCUUCUAUAACGCUUCUAUACUUUGAUGAAAAUAGAAAUGUUGUGCUGAAAAACUAUCCAAGCAUGACAGUUAACUCGUGUGCGUGCAGGUAGAUUCCAAAAAAUGACAUGUCGUUGAUUCGAUGGGAACAGAUUCUAGAAUAUUCUGCAUAUUCAAUGUCUUAAGAUUCCAUCCGAGUUUGACUUUGUCGGUUUCUCCAUUAACAAACCGAUCGCCAAUCGCCGACCUUUCAAAACUUUGAUACAUUUGAUGAAAGGCUAGUGGAGAGGUUUAUCCAUUACCUAUUUGCAGUUUGCAAUGCAACUUGAAACAUUUUUUAAAAGGUUGCUGAGUUAAUACCAGAUUCGAACUGGUGAACAUUGCGUUCGGUAUAUAAACCAGCAGGCCAUUGUCCUUGAAAUAAGUUGUUCUCCGAGGAAGUGGACCGCAGGGAUUUUUCAGUAUAAUUUCUGUAAGUGCCAGUGUGUAUGCGAAAUCUACCUCAUCUUCAAAGCUAGCCAGCCGAGAGAUACGGGACGUUGAAAAGAGACGCUACAUCUUUAGCGAAUAUAGAUGUAUAAGUAACAGUGUUGGGAAUCCUAUUUUUGAGUAAUGUUCAGUGUUUGCACUACUCGUAGUCCAGUGCAGUAUCGUGGAAAUUCCUAUGUUUUAUAUUACUUGGUUGCACGACGAAUGAAAGUUAUGUUAAGAUUCUCCAUAAUAUCCAGAAAACUCAGGAAAACAUAUUUUCUACAAAUUUCUUGAAACAACGCUUAUAAAAUAUUGGUUGAAUAAAACUAAAAUGUUUAUAUGAAAAUCUUGCUAUCAAAAACCCAGAUUCGAGAAUUUUCUGUGCACUUUUAGGCUUACUAUACAAACACCGUCUAUAUGAUAAUUGUAGGGCAAAUUAAACACUCCGCUAUUUAUCAAGCUUCAGAAAAUCCAAAUUUUCUCAGGAUUUCCCCCCAAAACCAUGCAAUGCAGUGUAUAUUAUUAUCAAUGUUUUGGAACAAUUUUGUACAUUUAUCGUGCAUUUUUUUGUCGCUAGUUUUCACCUGUCUUGUCAUUUUCAGGUAAUUUUCUCCAUCGCACCUGUCUCACUAUUUAUUUAUCAUAAUAUAACAUUUCCUCAUUGUCAUCAAUAAAUUGAUCAUUAACACCAUUUGCAGGUUGUAUUUUUGCGCUAACAUUCGCCAGGAACAAACCAAGUAUUUUCUUUUAUUGUUACAUUAAUGAAGUUAGCAUGGUUCAUUUCCAGGCUGUUAGUAAAUGACUCUAAAUGGGACAAGAAUAUCCAUGCAAUUUGUUGUGUUAUUUUUUAUUGUACAUAUAUAGUUAACUUUGAUCUUUUAAUUGCCAUGUUAUUAAACAAUUGUUGUAAAA